GCCGUCACCAUCCCAUGAGCCGAGAAAAAAAACAGCAAGCGUUGCCAACUGCUUCUCAUUAUUCUUCUCUUUUUCCAACUUACCAACCCUUUGAAGCUUACUUUUGGAUGUCGGAUGGUUUAUCGCAUGUCGUUUUGAAUGCUCCCACAGUGGGAGCUUUCGACCAAGCUCUAGCUUUCUACUGCUCUGUUGGCUUUCAAAUCGUAACGGACGCAAAAGACAGCGAGGAAAGCAUUAUGGGCAGACUUACCUGGCUAUCCAUGUUCUCCGAUGGUGAUAAAAGAGAUUUGACCAUCAGACUCAAGUUGAACCCUGCGAGUUCUCCGAAGGAAGUCGUUAGCAACGAUGUUGACUACACGUUGGAAGAUAUUGUCUUGGUCAUUGCUACUUCCAAUUUGCAGAAAAUAGAACAGGUUUUGAACGAUUCAAGCAAGCACUGCCAGAAGCAUGAAAUUCAGUCGGACGAUAAAAAGGACGUCUCGCGGGAAAUUUAUACCGUGGAUCCUUUGGGUAACGUCAUUGCAUUUACAAACAAAGCAAGCCCUUUCUCGUCCUCUUUGCUCGACAGUUACCAUGUUAGGCAUGAAGGAAUUCCUCCAACUAUUGAGUUGGCCAGCCGACAUGUCGGGCAGAAGAAGAAGAUCGGUGUUCUGACUUCUGGAGGUGAUGCGCCUGGAAUGAACGCGUGUGUGAGAGCUGUUGUGCGCUACGGCAUCACCAAAGGAUGCGAUAUUUUUGCUAUCUAUGAAGGGUAUCAAGGUCUAGUGGAUGGCGGCUCAUUUAUCAAAAAGAUGGAAUGGAAGGAUGUUCGUGGUUGGCUUGCUGUGGGAGGAACGUCCAUUGGUACUGCACGCUGCAUGCCAUUCAAGACCCGCGAAGGUCGACUUCAGGCAGCUAACAAUCUAAUCUCAAACGGUAUCGAUGCUUUGAUCGUUUGUGGUGGUGACGGCUCUUUGACUGGAGCCGACGUAUUCCGUUCAGAAUGGCCAGGUUUAUUGAAGGAACUCAAGGAAAGUGGGAAAGUCUCACAGGAAGAAUGCGACAAAUAUCAACACUUGACUAUUGUCGGUUUGGUCGGUUCCAUUGACAAUGACAUGUCAUCCACUGAUAUCACCAUUGGCGCCGUUACAUCUUUACAUCGUAUUUGUGAGUCUGUCGACUCUAUCUCGUCAACAGCUUUAUCCCACUCAAGAGCUUUCGUCGUUGAGGUCAUGGGACGACAUUGUGGUUGGCUGGCUCUCAUGGCUGGUAUUGCUACUGGCGCCGAUUUUGUCUUUAUUCCGGAGCGUCCUCCUUCUGAGGACGAUUGGGAGCAAGUUAUGUGUGAUGUUGCUCAGCGCCAUCGUCAUCUUGGCAAGCGCAAGACCGUCAUUAUCGUGGCUGAAGGAGCUAUAGACAAGAAUCUCAACGCUAUCAAGGCUGAGUAUAUCAAGGAUAUUUUGACUGAUAAGCUUGGAUUGGACACUCGUGUGACAACCUUGGGUCAUACGCAAAGAGGUGGAUCCCCAGCUGCUUAUGAUCGUAUUUUGGCCACCAUUCAAUCCGUUGAAGCCGUGGAAGCUGUUUUACGCGCCACCCCCGAUAGCCCGUCUCCUCUCAUCGGUACUAGCAACAACCAAAUCACAUGCAGACCAUUAAUGAAAGCAGUGGAAUUGACCCAUGCUGUCGCUGAGGCUAUUAGCCAGAAGAACUUUGCACGGGCCAUGGAGCUUCGUGAUCCUCAAUUUGCGGAUGAAUACGACUCGUACAUUGCAUCCACCAUUAUCGACGACCAGACCAUGCGACUUCCUGAACAUCAGCAAAUGCGCAUAGCUAUUCUCCACGUUGGCGCUCCUGCUGGUGGUAUGAAUGCUGCCACUAGAACCAUUGUUCGAUAUGCAUUGAACAGAGGCCACACUCCUCUUGGUGUAUUCAACGGUUUCCCAGGACUUUUGCGUGGUACCAUCGAAGAGCUCACCUGGCUCUCUGUGGAUGGAUGGACAUCUCGUGGAGGAUCCGAACUAGGAACCAACCGAUCUCAGCCGGAUGUAGAUAUGGGUAUGGUUGCCUACCAAAUGCAAAAGCACUGCAUUCAGGGCUUGAUCCUCAUUGGAGGAUUCGAAGCCUACAGCGCUUUAUUGGCCUUGGAAAAAGCAAGAGAUAAAUAUCCUUCACUUCGCAUUCCACUCUGCCAGAUACCCGCAACUGUCUCUAACAAUGUGCCGGGAACUGACUUCUCCUUGGGAACUGACACAUCUCUUAAUGCAAUUAUCGAUGCAUGCGAUGCUAUUGUACAAUCAGCUCGCUCAUCUCGACGACGUGUGUUUGUUGUUGAAGUCCAAGGUGGUAAAACCGGAUACCUUGCAGUGGAAGCCGGUCUGGCCUCGGGAGCAAACACCAUCUAUAUUCCUGAAGAAGGCAUCUCUCUCGCUCGCCUCCAAGCUGACGUACAGCACUUGAUUGAUCUCUAUAACGAUGAUGACGCAGAGAAGUCGGAAGGUCGUAUCAUCCUUCGCACUGAAUCCGUCUCCAAGACUUACACCACAGACGUUAUUUGCAACAUCCUUCAAGAUGAAGGACACCAUAUUUUUGACUCUCGUACAGCUGUUCUUGGUCAUAUUCAACAAGGUGGUACUCCAUCACCCAUGGACAGAAUUCGUGCUACCCGCCUUGCUGUCAAGUCUGUUGAGUUUGUUGAACUCCACGCUAGUGCAGCGUUCACUGAAGCACAUGACAGCGGUAAAUGCCAACCAAUAGAGCUCACCCAUUCCAAGGAGAGUGCCUCUGUCAUUGGUAUUAUGGGUACCGACGUCAAAUUCACUCCUAUUGAUGAUCUUCUGGGAGAAACUGACAUGAAGAACCGCAAAAGUAAGAAGGCGUGGUGGUAUGAACACCGCCCAUUAGUCGACUUAUUGUCCGGUCGAGGUUUAUUUGCAUCCAGAGAACAAGAUGAACGCGAGAAUAGGAAAGAAUAGUUACGAUCAAAUAUUACAGCCAACUCCAUCAUGAAUGUAUUACCUUUUUUUCGCCCUACUACAUAUUUUUUGUGCAUAAAGAUUUUUUUUUUUCCCUUUCAAUCUGA